AUCCUAAGAUUUCUCGCCUAAGGUCGUGCAGAGGAAAAAUACAUCUGCAGUAAACCAACAGAUAAAAAAGACUCUCUUAAAAGAAAAAUUAAGGAGGCUUUAGGAUUCAUUACUUUGGACUUGCAGUCAUAGGGACUAUCUGACCUCGACAUGAAAUGAGAUUAGCUCGCUUAAAUCAUUGCGUAAAACAAAAGUUAUUUGGAACAUCUAGAGCAAUGUGAGUUAGUUUAAUAAAAAAAGCAAUUUUAGCAGCUUUGGGGUUGUUCAUAGCUGUUGCCAGCCACAUGAGCAUGCAACCGUCUAUGAAUCGGCUGUGUUUUUGGUCGGAAACUUUUCUCUCGUCAGAGCUUAGAAAUGAUAUAAAGGUAGCCGGCUCAUCUCUGGCAAUUCCAAUUUUGUGAAAUACAACUAAAAAGUGUCGAUGAUUUUUGGUACAUUCAAAGGAUUAGCUUUAGGUAGUUUUUUCUCUGUGCUAGUGGCACAGACUCUACACCAGUCAUCUCCAGAAGCAAUCGUUUCUAAUGAACACAAUAUUGUUGGCCAGGAUUCCGAGGAAUAUGACCUUAGCACACGCGACGAUUUUGAUGAUAAAUCCACAAAUCCGCUCGUACAAAAAAGAAGAGACCAAUGGCCACACAUGCAUCAGGAAGUGAUUCCUCUUAAGUAUCACAGAGCUAACACUGCCUCCUACACAAAAGCGGAGGACGAUAAAUCUAGCAAAAGUAACCUUUCAAGUGGUGGUAUUCUGAAUUUUAUUUUUGAUGACAAAAACGAGUACACUUUUUUGGGCCUUGUGAGUGGAAAUAGGGAGGAAAUGGAAGAGUGGGCAGAUAUUGGGGACUUAUAUAAGGAGGUUUCAGACGCAAUUGAGGAUCGAUUUACUUUUGCUAGCGAACACGAGUUUGGGCACGACGUUGAUGACUUAGUAGAGCAAGCAUGGGAUGAUUUGGAUUUGAAAUGGAAACCAGAUAAUCACGAUAAGCAUAUUGCUGGAUGCGUUUCGACUAUGAAUGCGAUCAUUGGUAGAUACAACGAAAUUCAGAUCGAUACCUUGGGUGCACAUUGGGCUGGUUUAUACAGAGGGGACCAAUUAAUUGAGGAAACAAAGCGCCAAAAGCAAAUUGACGGAACUCCGGUUCAAAUCUGCAGAAAUGUCAAUGAAAAUGUUACUGAAACUGGUCUUUAUUCUAGCUUGCAGUAUAAAUGGAGUGCUCAAGAAGGCGACAUUUUGGUUGUUGUCUCGGAUGAAGUGCGACUCCAAUCCAGAUCGAAAACUCGUUUUCUUCGAAGAAUAAUAUACAUCCCUACACAGAUCUGCUUGAUGUUGCGGCGAUAAGAAUUAUUCUUGAAGCAAAACGAGUCGCUAAUGAAAAUCCCCUGAAAGAUUUGGUCGCUAUGGUGAUGGGUAUCGAGAAUACUUAGGUAGUUGACUUACAUUAGUAUUAGCUUAUGGCAAUAAAUCAAUUUAACAAACGAAAUAUACUAAGACUAUCUAAGGAUAAAGGCCAGGUUCUGAACGACCUCCAACAAAGAUUUAAACUGAAA